AUGCGAAAUCCAAUCAAGACCAUCAGAGACGGUUACUCCCCCCUCAAACUCCGAUCAUCGGUACGUCGAGUCAAGUCAUGUCCGGGUCCGUGGUCUUUGUUCUUCUUCGUCUUUUGGCCUUUACCGUGGAGAUACCGCAUACAAAGUCCACUUUUGCCCGUAGAAGCCGUUGGACAAAGACUUCGUAUCAUUAAUGAACGCCAAGCUGCAAUCUUACAACUCCGCAGCAUCCCAAUCUUCCGGAUGCGCGACACGCCGCUGCGCUCGCUUUACCGACUAGUCGAAGAUGUCUGCGCGUGUGACUUCAUCAUGAUGGGCUACGAAUGUACAUAUUUCUUUUUCCAUAAAGAGUCUCGCUGGCUGUUGUCCGCAGUUCCGGAUCCUCAGGACGACGACCCAGUCCGAUAUGCGAUGCUUGCCAGCAUGGUUGAAGCGCUUGUCGAUGCUUUCAAUUGGAGACUCGAGUUGGGUAUACGCCGUGACAACACUCUUGACAAGUCGGAGAAGCGGGCUACGAACUUCGAGAGAGAAGUGGCUCCUUCCUGGACGGCCAAAGUGGAAGGAAUACAGAAUAAAUUGAUUUUUAACGAAGAGGGCUGGACUGAGUCUGAUAUGACGGAGGAGCGGCAUUUCUGGAAAAGGAACAUCAAGGUGCCGAAUGGGUAUAUGUAUACAGUUUAG